AUGUCAUCUCCUACACCGGUACACUCCCCCACCCCAACUCGCCGUCAUCGUCCCCUACUCACUGUCAUCAUCCCUCCGUCCACCAUGCUCGAGAGAGUCCUCUCUCUUCGACGCAACACUCCUCACUCGGACGACUCCGGCACCUCCGCCCCCGCCCCCGCCGAUGACGACGACGAAUCCAAGAUCAGGAAGCACCAGCAUUUUUUCCUGCACGCCGCGACCAGGGCCUCCAAUUACCUCUCCCGAAUGAGUUGUUCCGGCCCCUAUUGGGCUUUCGCCAUCUCCUUGCUUCUCCUUCUCUUGUCGGUCUCAUCCUUGCUCUUUAGUCCUCGCGGCUUCGUGUGCGUGUCCUCCUCUUCCCCAUUUUCUCGGGUCGGCCUCCUCGGUUCGGACGUCCUUGAAUCCGAUUUCGGAGCUCUCGGCGUGCCCUGGUGCAGAUCGAAACAUGGUAAAACAGUUGAAUGGACGUCAAAAGAUCUACUCAAGGGGUUGGAAGAAUUUGUUCCUAUAUAUGAAACUCGGCCAAUAAAAAAUAACUUGCAUGGGAUGGGUUUUGACCACAGCUUUGGGCUUUGGUUCAUUGCCAGAUGGCUGAAGCCAGAUCUGAUGAUUGAGAGUGGUGCUUUCAAAGGACAUUCAACUUGGGUUUUGCGGCAGGCUAUGCCAGACACACCAAUUAUUUCACUUUCGCCCAGGCAUCCAGAGAAGUAUCUGAAAAAGGGACCUGCCUAUGUUGAUGGAAAUUGCACAUAUUUUGCUGGAAAGGACUUUGUGGAUUUUGGAAGUGUUAACUGGCCAAAAGAGCUGAGUAAACGUGGGAUUACUGACCUGAGUCGGGUUCUUGUAUUUUUUGAUGACCAUCAAAAUGAAUUGAAAAGAGUUAAACAAUCUCUGAAAGCUGGGUUUCAGCAUCUUGUCUUUGAGGAUAACUAUGACACUGGAACUGGAGACCAUUAUUCAUUGAGGCAGAUAUGUGAUCAAUUCUAUAUCAGAGGAGGGGGACACAGCUGCUUUAGGGACAGCGACGAAGCUAGGAUGAGAUCGAGGAAUAAGAAGUUCUGGGAAAAAGCAGUUGAUAUUGAAGAACUUUGUGGGCCAGGCGAAACAUGGUGGGGAGUUAGAGGGUACAUGCGUGAUAACUUCAAUCAUAGCAAUAGGCGAAUCUCAUAUGCAGAACAUUUUCAGAAUAGCCGGUUUGUGGAAUCAGUUCUUGAUGUGUAUUGGGAACUUCCUCCAGUUGCUGGUCCCUCCCUCACCCACCAAAGCAGAUAUGAUCCUGCGCGCACAUCCACUCCUAUUGUGGAAGAUGGGCGGUUUGGUUUGUUCCAAAGGCUUGGCCUAGCUAGACUUGACAAUUCUGUAUUUAAUGGAUACACUCAAAUGGUUUAUAUACAAAUAUCUGAACGAUAAUUUAGGCUUUCCUACACCAGAAUACCAGGAUUUUUGUACCUGUAUUUUUGUAUGAAUCGUCGUUUCAGCCGCUUUUGGCUUGAAAUAUGGCUUCUUCUUCUUU